UCCUGGAGGAACAGCAUCUCCAGAGUGCUGAGGGAUCGCUGCAAGGGGACACAGGGAUGCUAAAGGCAGUGGGGAGGUUUUUCCAACUAUUUCUGGGGAUUCAACUGGGCUGAGAUCAUGCUCCUCUCGCACAGAAAGAAGUGACUCCUUGAACCUUCACUUAGAGGGAUGGAAAAUAAUAAUUAGUGACAGGAAGAGGAGCAUGAAAAAUGGCUGAAUUCUUGGGGCCUGGUACCAACAACUUCCGCAGGUUCACUCAGGAAUCCUUGGCAGCCAUCAAAAAGAGAAUUGCUGCCAAAAAGAAAUGUCCGAAAAAUACCACAGAGCAGAAACCUGAGGAGAAGGAUCGUCCUCAGCUUGACCUCAAAGCUUUCCAGAAGUUGCCAGCUCUCUAUGGAAAUCCUCCUCCAGAGCUCAUUGGGGAACCACUGGAGGAUGUCGACCCUUACUACAAAGAUCAUAAGGUUUUCAUAGUGCUAAACAAGCAGAAAAUAAUCUACAGAUUUACUGCUACACGUGCCCUGUGGAUCUUCAGUCCUUUCCACCCAAUACGAAGAAGAGCAAUUAAAAUUUUAGUACAUUCAUGGUUCACCUGGUUUAUCAUGUGCACCAUCAUAACUAAUUGUGUAUUCAUGGCUCGCUCUGAGUCACAUAAGUCUUCAUCACCUUCAUGGAGCACAUAUGUUGAAUAUACUUUCACUGGCAUUUACACUUUUGAAUCAUUGAUAAAAAUAUUGGCAAGAGGAUUCUGUCUAAAUGAAUUCACUUUCCUCCGGGAUCCCUGGAACUGGUUGGAUUUCUCCGUUAUUGUCAUGGCGUAUGUGGGAAUAGUCAAUGUACGGUGGAAUGUGUCCGUCCUCCGGACUUUCAGGGUUCUCAGGGCUUUAAAAACCAUUUCAAUAGUCCCAGGGCUUAAGAUCAUUGUAGGGGCCCUUAUCCAGUCUGUUAAGAAGCUUGCUGAUGUGAUGAUCCUGACCGUUUUCUGCCUGAGUGUUUUUGCCCUCAUAGGCCUCCAGCUUUUUAAGGGCAAUCUCAGGCAAAAGUGUAUCAGGAACACUUCAGAGCUUUUUAAUAAAACAUGGGACAGUUAUGAAGAGUUUAUGAAUGAUUCAGCUGACUUUGCUAGGAAAAAUGGUUCUUUGGAUAUUUUGCUGUGUGGUCCUGGUGGUGGGGACUGUCCUCCUGGCUAUAAAUGCUGUAAAAUUGGGCCAAAUCCUGAUUAUGGUUUCACCAGUUUUGAUACAUUUGGCUGGGCUUUUCUCUCCUUAUUCCGCCUGAUGACCCAGGACUACUGGGAGCGUCUGUACCAACAGACCCUCAGAGCUUCUGGGAAGGUGUAUGUAGUCUUCUUCAUGAUGGUCAUCUUUCUGGGCUCAUUUUAUCUAGUCAACUUGAUUCUGGCUGUAGUAACAAUGGCAUAUGAGGACCAGAACAAGGCCACCAUUGCUGAAACUGAGGCAAAGGAAAGGAAAUUUCGGGAAGCUAUGGAAUUACUGCAGAAGGAGCAAGAGUCACUGGGUAUUAAAGGGAUUGAUAUCCUGUCACUUAGCUCCUUUGAAGCCUCUUCUCUGUCGUCCAAAGAAAUCAAGGAAAGGAGCAAUAGGCAAAAGAGAAAUAAGACACUGGGGAGAGAAGAAAAUGAAGAAGAAGAAGAACUUCCCAAGUCACAGCUCCCAGACAGUCAACGAAAGUUGUCUCUAGUGGGCCUGGUGUACGGCCCCAGCUCCAAGCGCCGGCUGAGCCACGGGAGCGUCUUCAACUUCCAAAUCCCCGCCGUGGAGGGUGACUCGGGAGCGGAUCUGGGUGACGAGGACACGGCGGGCGCCGGGGGACACCAACCCCGCUGCCGCUCGCUGUCGGGCCCGCGGAUGGGACGGCGCCCCAGCCUGCAGGGCCAGCGGGGCCACAGCUCCCACCCCACCACCCCGAACUGCGCUCGGAGCAGCAAGGGGGGCGGCCUGGAUGCGCACCCCGGGCUGGGUUUGGGGAGCAGCGGGGUGCACAGCCAAGAUCCCGUGUCCUCUGAAGGAGCCGUGCUCCCACCGGUCAUGGAAGACGCAGGAAAGGGGGAUCUGCCAGCUGUGCGUGAUGAGAGCAGCAUGAUGCAUUUACCUCCUCAUCUGUCAGUGGAGUACUUUAAUGAGGCUCUUCAGAGACAAAGGGCAGCAAGUGUAGUCAGCAUAAUUACCAGUGUCUUGGAGGAACGUGAAGAAGCUCAGCAGAAAUGCCCACCACGCCUGAAGAACUUUGCUUUAAAGUAUCUAAUUUGGGAUUGUUGCCCAUUUUGGUUGAGAAUCAAGGAAAAAGUGGCUGCUUUUAUAAAGGAUCCUUUCUUUGAUCUCACCAUCACGGUUUGCAUUGUGAUGAACACUUUGUUCAUGGCACUGGAGCACAAUAAUAUGUCACUUACUUUUAAAUACAUGCUUAAAAUAGGAAACUUGGUUUUUACAGGAAUCUUCACUGCAGAAAUGAUCUUAAAAAUCAUCGCUCUAGAUCCCUAUUACUAUUUUCAGCAGCCCUGGAAUAUUUUUGACAGUAUCAUUGUCACACUGAGUUUAAUUGAAUUGAGUUUCCCCAAACACAAAAGCAAGAAAGAAAGGAGAAAAGGAGGAACCCUGUCAGUUUUACGAUCCUUCAGACUGCUGAGGGUCUUCAAACUGGCAAAGUCCUGGCCAACUUUAAACACUCUAAUUAAAAUAAUUUGUAACUCCCUGGGAGCACUGAGUAAUCUGACCCUCGUCCUGGGAAUCAUCAUUUUCAUUUUUGCUGUAGUAGGGGUGCAACUUUUUGGGAAAAGUUAUGCGAAAAACUGCAAUAAAAUAAGCAAAGACGGCAGGCCACGCUGGCACAUGAUGGACUUUUUCCAUUCAUUCCUCGUCGUUUUCCGAAUUCUGUGUGGAGAAUGGAUUGAGACCAUGUGGGACUGCAUGGUGGUUGCUGAACCAUCAGUGUGUCUUGUUCUCUUUCUGCUGGUCAUGGUGAUAGGAAAUUUAGUGGUUCUCAACCUUUUCAUUGCACUGCUGCUGAGUUCUUUCAGUGCUGACAGUCUCCAGACAACAGAGGAUGAUGGAGAGAUGAACAAUCUUCGGAUCGCUUUCGCUCGGAUCCGCAAGGCAUUCCACCUUGUCAAGAGUGCGACGUGGGAUGCCUGCUGCAGGAAGCUCAGGCACAUAAAGAAAGUGCACAAGAAGAAAAUCAAAUUGACUGCACAGAACUCACUGGGGUUCAAGAGGGAAGAGCCAAAGAGUUGUAAGGAGAAUUACAAUAAUGAAUGGAUUGAGAAAAACAGGGACAAAUGCCCAGGUCUUGAAGAUUUUGUUAGGAACCCCAACGUGUUUGUUUGUGUCCCUAUUGCUGAGGCAGAGAAUACAAGUGAAGGUUUUGAAGAUGAUGAUAAACUGAGCACAUUUACUGACACAGAAUGCAGCAAGCAGGAUGAAAAUCACCUGAGGCAAAGGGGAGACAGAGCAAAAAAUUCAGGCAGCUCAAGCAAAGGAUCAGGAUUUUCCUCUGAAGAUUUCAGUGUGCUUUAUCUAGGAAAGGACAGGAAGAGUGAACUUUCAUCACCAGAAGAUAAAGAGUUGGACGGUGUCAGCUCUUCUGAAGUCAGCACAGUGGAUCUGACAAAUCCUGAAGAUCUUUUAAAACAGAUUCCAGAAUUUUAUGAAGACUUCAAGACUCCAGAACAAUGUUUUCCGGAAGGUUGUGCUCGGUACUUCCAUUGUUGCCUGGAUAGGGCUGCAAAGUUUGGAGGAGAAACCUGGUUGAAUCUGAGAAAAACCUGCUACCAGAUUGUGGAACAUUCUUGGUUUGAGUCCUUUAUCGUGUUCAUGAUUCUUCUGAGCAGUGGAGCCCUGGCAUUUGAAGACAUCCAUGUAAAUAAGAGAAAAAGAAUUAAAGAUAUACUGGAAUUUCUUGACAAACUGUUCACUUUCAUCUUCAUUCUGGAGAUGCUCCUGAAGUGGGUGGCUUAUGGCUUCAAGAAAUAUUUCACCAAUGCCUGGUGCUGGCUGGAUUUCCUUAUUGUAGAUGUCUCUUUGAUAAACCUCUUUGCCAGUAACUUUGGGCCCAUGAAAUCUCUCCGGACUCUGCGAGCUCUGAGACCCCUGAGAGCACUGUCUCGGUUUGAGGGAAUGAGGGUUGUGGUCAAUGCCCUCCUGGGAGCCAUCCCUUCCAUCAUGAAUGUUCUGCUUGUCUGCCUCAUCUUCUGGCUCAUCUUCAGCAUCAUGGGAGUGAACCUCUUUGCUGGGAAGUUUGGGAAAUGUAUCAAUAUGACAGAUGAAAAUUCCAAAUUUGUGGUCAACAUCACAAACAAAACAGACUGUUUGAUGUAUAACGGCACUGGGGAAAUAUUCUGGGUCAAUGUUAAAGUCAAUUUUGAUAAUGUUGGCUCUGGCUACCUGGCUCUUCUUCAGGUGGCAACAUUUAAGGGUUGGAUGGACAUCAUGUAUGCAGCAGUAGAUUCACGAGAGAAAAAUGAUCAGCCAGAAAUGGAGUACAAUCUCUAUAUGUAUCUCUACUUUGUGAACUUCAUCAUCUUUGGAUCUUUUUUCACCCUGAACCUCUUUGUUGGUGUAAUCAUUGACAACUUCAACCAGCAAAAGAAAAAGAUAAGUGGGGAAGAUAUCUUCAUGACAGAAGAACAGAAAAAAUACUACAAUGCAAUGAAAAAGUUGGGAUCCAAGAAGCCUCAAAAACCCAUUCCAAGACCCUUGAACAGAUACCAAGGCUUCCUUUUCAACAUUGUAACAUCCCAGAUGUUUGAUGUUGUCAUCAUGGGUCUCAUCUGCCUCAAUAUGGUCACAAUGAUGGUGGAAACGUAUGAGCAAAGUGAAACAAAGACAAAUGUCCUCAGCAAAAUCAAUAUACUCUUUGUUACCAUCUUCACUGCAGAAUGUGUGCUGAAACUGCUGGCUCUGAGGCAGUACUAUUUCUCAAAUGCCUGGAACAUAUUUGAUUUAGUUGUUGUUAUUAUGUCACUUGUUGCCUUACUGCUUUCCAACAUUGGCAAAGCGUUUGAACAUUUCUUACCACCCACACUCUUCAGAGUCAUUCGUUUGGCCCGGAUUGGCCGGAUCCUGCGACUCAUCCGGGGAGCCAAAGGAAUUCGAACUCUCCUGUUUGCCUUAAUGAUGUCCCUUCCUGCUCUGUUCAACAUUGGCCUCUUGCUGUUCCUGGUCAUGUUCAUUUAUGCCAUUUUUGGCAUGGCUAACUUUGGCUAUGUGAAGAUGGAAGGUGGCAUUGAUGACAUGUUCAACUUCCAAACCUUUGCUAACAGCAUGCUCUGUCUCUUCCAAAUCACCACUUCAGCUGGCUGGGAUGGUCUUCUCAGCCCCAUUUUAAACACUGGGCCACCGUACUGUGAUCCAGCCAUAAAGGAAGAAGUGGGUGAAUGUGGUAAACCUGCCAUAGGUAUUAUUUAUUUUGUAAGUUACAUCAUUAUAUCAUUUCUCAUUGUUGUAAACAUGUACAUAGCCGUUAUUAUGGAGAACUUCAAUGCUGCCACUGAGGAAAGUGCAGAGCCUUUAGGGGAAGAUGACUUUGAUAUCUUUUAUGAAAUCUGGGAGAAGUUUGAUCCUGAGGUAACUCAGUUCAUAACUUUCUCUGCACUUUCAGACUUUGCAGAUGCUCUGCCCAAGCCCUUGCGUGUACCAAAACCAAACAAAGUUGAACUCACAGCAAUGGACCUGCCUGUGGUCAGUGGGGACAAGAUACACUGCUUGGAUAUCUUGUUUGCUUUCACCAAGAGGGUGUUGGGAGAUUCUGGAGAGCUGGAUACUCUGAAAGUACAUAUGGAGGAGAAAUUCAUGGCUGCCAAUCCAUCAAAACAAUCCUAUGAGCCAAUAUGCACUACGCUCAGCCACAGGCAAGAGGAAGCGUCGGCCACGGUGAUCCAGCGUGCCUACAGGAGCCACCUGCUCCAGCGCUCCCUCAAACAGGCUUCCUACCUGUACCAGCACAGAACUGGCAGCUCUGACACUCUGGGAGAUGAUGCUCCAGAAAAAGAAGGACUCAUUGCCUCUAUGCUGCGUGCGAAUUAUGGUAGGGGUCCUAACAGGUCUGAAACGUCGUCCUCAGUGUCCAUCCCUCCGUCGUAUGACAGUGUCACAAGAGAGAGUAGUGGCAAUCUCGUGGUGGAGAAUGGAGAAAUAAUGGGCAAUCAACAAUCUCCAGACUUUAAGUAGUUAAUUGGUGACAAAGCUGUUAAGAAUAUUUUUAAAUUUUCACAGAUGAUGAUAUUAUAAAUGCAUGGCAGCAGAGGCAGCCUCCCUAUGAAACCAGGCCUGUUGAUUAUGGCAGCUGAGAAUCGUGGCCUUUGGCUCUGGUGUGUUCAGUUUUCUUCAAUAUUUUCCUAUUCAGAGAAAGGUUUUGGAUCUGUUUGAUCGAUGGCAUCUCACUGCAAAGUGUGUCCCACAGCACCUGGGUGCUGUGACAUGUUCACAGCAGUGACAGGCAACCUCAGCUGAUAUUUCCCCUGUACAGGAAGCAGAGAAAAGUCCAAGCACCAGUGGAUCUACUGGAGAACAGAAAAUGAAUGUCAAUAUGAGUAUAAAUUGAGGAAUGAAAAGGAGCUAAAAUUUAUUCCAUUCCUAAUUGCUAUUAUCAUUAUAAACCUGUUUAGCAAAUUGCUGAUGAUUUUUAAAAUCUUUUUUUUAUGUUUGGGGACAGAUGUGCCACAAACACAGACCCUGCAUGAUCCACAGAUAUUCCACAGUGUAGUGGACUUCCCAUAUGAUCGAUUUACAGAAUAAACCAUGGCAUGUAUGUUAUCAUAGUUAUGUUACUGAAG